AGGACAGUUCCAGUUUCCUCCUAAUACUGUCCUAGUGAGUGCUGUGUAUGCAGUAUCACUCUCAAAGCCUCUCCUUAAAAGGCUCAUAUUAGAAAUACAGCACUGCGUUGAUUUAACAGGACAACCACCUCUUAGUCAUCAUCUUAAGUUUGCUAUAGCUCCCGUGAGCACACCCAGUCUUCCUUACCAGUUCUCAAUAGUUGAGGGAGGAGAGUUUAGAUCUAAUAGUUGGUAUGGAUCCAUUCAACGUAAAGAGUUCUGUUUGGUGUGCAUACUGGGAUUGUUCAUGGUGACAAUGGCCAGCAUUGGUGGACAAGAGGAUCAUGAAGGAGGAGGAGAUGGAGGAGGAGGAGGAAGUCAAAAUCAGCAGCAACAAGGAGCUGCAAUUCAGCAACAACCAGCUGUAGGAGGAGGGGGAGCAUUAAUAGCAGUAUCACUGCCAGGCUCAGGUCAGUCAGCACCAGUUCAGCAAGGAGGGCAACCAGCAUUAGUGCAGCAAGAAGGAAGGCUGUCAGCAUCAGUGCAGCAAGAAGGAAGGCCGUCAGCAUCAGUGCAGCAAGAUGGAGGUCAGCCAGCAUUAUUGCAGCAAGAAGGAGGGCAGCCAGCACCAGUACAGCAAGAAGGAGGGCAAUCAGCACCAGUACAGCAAGAAGGAGGGCAAUCAGCACUAGUACAGCAAGAAGGAGGACAAUCAGCACUAGUACAGCAAGAAGGAGGGCAAUCAGCACUAGUACAACUAGAAGGAAGGCCGUCAGCAUCAGUACAGCAAGAAGGAGGUCAGCUAGCAGUAGUGCAGCAAAAUGGAGGGCAUUUAGCAGCAGUCCAGCAAGAAGGCCAGCCAGCAGUAGUGCAGCAACAAAGAAGCCAGCCAGCAACAGUACAACAGGAAGGAGGGCAGUCAGCACCAGUACAGCAAGAAGGAGGGCAGUCAGCAACAGUACAGCAAGAAGGAGGGCAGCCAGCAACAGUACAGCAAGAAGGAGGGCAGUCAGCAACAGUGCAACAAGGAGGAGGACAGUCAGCAACAGUGCAACAAGAAGGAGGGCAACCAGCAGUAGUGGAGCAAGAAGGAGAUAGAGUACCAGAGGAAGGACAGCAGAAUCCUGCUCAAGAAGAAACAACUAUUGCUGCACUUUGUACAGAGUCUAGCUCUAAUUAUGCUAAUAAUGUGGUUGUUCCUAGUGUACUGAAGAAUAUGAAAUAUGUAGGAGUGAUUUAUUAUAAAGAGAAAGGUGUAGAGGAUCUAGUGACAUUCACUGCUGCUAAAGAUCUGAAUGCUCUUGUUGAAUACAUUAAACAGGAACAUUCGCAAGCUGAAUUAGGACAAUAUGUCUCCUUCAGUUUUCAGUAUUUAAGAGAUUGCAUUGAGUUGAAACUUGAUCAUACUCCACAGAAGUAUCCAUUCACUGGUUGGACUAUACAAUCACAUCUUGAGCCUUGUAAAGUAAGUGGGGAAAGUGAUAUUCACUAA